GCCGUGCUCCAUGCGCCGCGCUCGCCCGAGGACCUAGGAGCCAGCUCGGAGCGGCGCCGGACCGUGGAUGGCCUUGACUGACGGCGGCUGGUGCCUGACGAAGCGCUUCGGGGCCGCGGCCGUGGACGCCGGCGACCCGGGGGCCUUUCCAGCGCGGGAGCCGUCCACGCCGCCCUCCCCGAUUUCCUCGUCCUCGUCCUCCUGCUCCAGGGGCGGCGGCGGCGCCGGCCACUGCAGGACGCCGCAGCUCGACACCGAGGCGGUGGCGGGGCCUCCGGCCCGCUCGCUGCUGCUCGGCCCCUACGCCUCGCACGCCUUCGGGGCUGCGCACGGACCUGCGGCGCCCGGGGUCGCGGGCCCCGGGAGCGCCCUGUCCAGCUGGGAGGACCUGUUGCUCUUCACCGACCUCGACCAGGCGGCGACGGCCAGCAAGCUGCUGUGGUCCAGCCGGGGCGCCAAGCUGAGCCCCUUCGCUCCCGAGCAGCCCGAGGAGAUGUACCAGACGCUCGCCGCGCUCUCCGGCCAGGGCCCAGCCGCCUACGACGGC